AUCUGGCGGAGUGCUGGCCGGCUGGUGUGGUGGAGGACGGGGAGAGAAGAAGAAGGAGGAUCCGGGAGCAAGCGACAACAAAAAGGGUCUGGCCUGGGACUUGGCAAAACGGGAUCAUCGAAGGUUCAUUGAAGGAUCGUCAUUAUUUUGUUCCUUUGAUUUUAUUUCUCAUAUUUUGAAGCUUCUUCUGUUUUCCAUUGAGAAUAUCAUCCGUACGAUUUGCACUCUUGGCGAUGCCGUCCAACACUGUUGCCACCAACAACACCGCUGCAUUCCAAAGCUUAGACUACACCUGCGAUGCACCUGGGAACAGAAUGAGGGAGAGCACGAUACUGGACAAAGAGCUGGCGCCAGAAGAGAAAUGGUCUAAAAGCAACACCAGCUGUAAAGAGGGCCGGCCUGCUGGGAGAAAACACAAGCAGAUCGCUGCGGAGGGCAGUGUGUCUGUGAAGGACAGUGUGUCUGGAGGCCUCAGUCUCACCGGGGUGGCAGCGGAAAGAGAGAGAGUGUCUGUGGCGCAGGUGCAGAAUGGAGUCAUGAGCAGCGGGCACACAGACAGAGACAGGACCCAGGCUGAUGCCAGCAGCGGGCGCACAGACAGAGACAGGACCCAGGCUGAUGCCAGCGGCGGGCACACAGACAGAGACAGGACCCAGGCUGAUGCCAGCAGUGGGCACACAGAUAGAGACAGGACCCAGGCUGAUGCCAGCAGCUGCCCAAAGCAAGAGAGGAAAGGUCCAGAGAAGAACGGGUUACCAGAUGCCCCUGGUUCCCCCAGUGCCAAUCAGUCUGAAGACGGUCCCCCGGGACCACCCACCCUCCUGCAAAAGAGCCGGAGCCCCCCCUCCCUGGAGAACAGGUUUCUAGUGAGCCGGGAGCCGAGCCGGGAUCCGAGCCGGGACGAGCAGGAGGACUCUGAGAAAGACAAAGAGGAGACUCUGACAACUCCGCCACGCAAGAAACGAGGCAGGCGGAAACUGGAGCGCCCAACAAAAUAUGUGGAGCAGAAGGAGGAUGGAGGUGAUACAGCCAAGAAACAGGGAGUUGGAGGCCCUGGGACAGGCAGGCUGCGUGGCUCCGUCAGUCUGCGUCAGAGGCCCAUUCCCAGAGUAACCUUCCAGGCCGGGGACCCAUAUUACAUUAGCAAGAGGACCAGGGAGGAGUGGCUGGCCAAGUGGAAGAUGGAGGCAGAGAAAAAAGCCCAACUGGUGUCAGUGUUGAACUUAAUGGAGGACCAUGAGGAGAUGGAGCCUGAGCCUGAACAGAAAGAAGAGGUGUCAGUCAUCACACCCCACCAGCAACAACAACAACAACAGCAGCCCACGGACCCAGCGUCCCCGACUGUGGCCACCACACCUGAACCUGUCCCCAUGGCAGGAGGGGACAAGACAUCCCCCAAGAUUGCCGAUACUGAGCCGGAGUAUGAGGACGGGCGGGAUUUCGGCAUUGGGGAGCUGGUGUGGGGGAAGCUGAGGGGGUUUUCCUGGUGGCCUGGUCGUAUUGUCUCCUGGUGGAUGACCGGACGCAGCCGAGCCGCCGAGGGGACACGAUGGGUCAUGUGGUUCGGUGACGGAAAAUUCUCAGUGGUGUGUGUAGAGAAACUGUUGCCUUUCAGUUCCUUCUCCAACGCCUUCCAUCAGCCCACCUUCAUCAAGCAGCCCAUGUAUAAGAAAGCCAUCUACGAGGUGCUACAGGUGGCUAGCACCCGUGCAGGCAAAGCCUUCCUUGCCUGUCCAGAGAGCGAUGAGACAGACACCUCCAAGUCAGUGGAUCUACACAACAACCAGAUGAUAGAUUGGGCUAUGACAGGCUUCCAACCCACCGGGCCCAAGGGCCUAGAGCCACCAGAAGAGGAGCGUAACCCAUAUAAGGAGGUGUACCCUGACGUCUGGGUGGAGCCAGAGGCGGCAGCCUACACGCCCCCUCCAGCCAAAAAGCCUCGCAAAAGCACAGCAGCCGAGAAACCCAAGGUCAAGGAGAUGAUUGAUGAGGGGACGAGAGAGAGACUUGUGUAUGAAGUGAGACAGAAGUGCAGAAGCAUAGAGGACAUCUGCAUCUCCUGUGGAAGUUUGAAUGUUUCCCGUGAACACCCUCUGUUUGCUGGAGGAAUGUGCCAGAGCUGUAAGAACUGCUUUCUAGAAUGUGCAUAUCAGUAUGAUGACGAUGGUUACCAGUCAUACUGCACCAUCUGCUGUGGAGGACGAGAGGUUCUCAUGUGUGGGAACAACAACUGCUGCAGGUGUUUCUGUGUGGAGUGUGUUGACCUACUUGUGGGGCCAGGAUCAGCACAGAUAGCUAUAAAAGAGGAUCCCUGGUGCUGCUACAUGUGUGAGAAGGGCCAGAAGGGAGUGUUCGGCCUGCUGGAGCGUCACACUGAUUGGCCCUGCCGUCUACAGCACUUCUUCGCUAACAAUCACGACCAAGAUUUUGAACAACCAAAGCUUUACCCUCCAGUCAUGGCAGAGAAGAGACAACCUAUUCGUGUCCUGUCACUGUUCGACGGCAUAGCAACAGGUCUGCUGGUGCUAAAGGAGCUGGGUAUCCAGGUGGAGCGCUAUGUGGCGUCGGAGGUGUGUGAGGACUCUAUCACGGUGGGCAUCGUCAGGCAUCAGGGACGCAUCAUGUACGUGGGCGACGUGAGGAACGUCACACGCAAACAUUUACACGAGUGGGGCCCCUUUGACUUGGUGAUUGGUGGAAGUCCGUGUAACGACCUCUCUAUUGUCAACCCAGCUAGGAAGGGUCUUUAUGAGGGCACUGGUCGGCUGUUCUUUGAGUUCUACCGCCUGCUGCACGAGGCUCGGCCCAAAGAGGGCGACAACCGGCCGUUCUUCUGGCUCUUUGAAAACGUGGUGGCAAUGGGCGUCAGUGACAAGAGGGACAUCUCUCGCUUUCUAGAGUGUAACCCGGUGAUGAUCGAUGCCAAGGAGGUGACUGCUGCCCACCGUGCUCGCUACUUCUGGGGCAACCUGCCUGGCAUGAACAGGUUGGUGAGAGAACGGCCCUUGACGGCCAUGUUCACUGACAGACUAGACCUUCAGGACUGUUUGGAGCACGGCAGAACAGCGAAGUUUGGCAAAGUGAGGACCAUCACCACUCGCUCUAAUUCCAUUAAGCAGGGUAAAGACCAGCACUUUCCCGUCUUCAUGAACGAGAAGGAGGACAUUCUUUGGUGCACUGAGAUGGAGAGGGUGUUUGGCUUCCCAGUCCAUUACACAGACGUGUCCAACAUGAGUCGGCUGGCCAGGCAAAGGCUUCUGGGAAGGUCGUGGAGUGUACCGGUCAUCCGACACUUGUUUGCACCACUCAAAGAAUAUUUUGCCUGCGUUUAACAAGACUUGGCUCAACAAGACCACCUGCGUUUAACAAGACUUGGCUCAACAAGACCACCUGCGUUUAACAAGACUUGGCUCAACAAGACCACCUACGUUUAACAAGACUUGGCUCAACAAGACCACCUGCGUUUAACAAGACUUGGCUCAACAAGACCACCUGCGUUUAACAAGACUUGACUCAACAAGACCACCUGCGUUUAACAAGACUUGGCUCAACAAGACCACCUGCGUUUAACAAGACUUGGCGUCAACAAGACCACCUGCGUUUAACAAGACUUGACUCAACAAGACCACCUGCGUUUAACAAGACUUGACUUACUAGACCAUCACAAACAUAGAACUGAUGUUGUAACCAGAAACAUGAGCAUUGGUGAAAUUAUACUACUCCCUGGUACCUGGUAUCAUUUCCCAGGCAAGCAAAACAUCAUGAAAGUAAAUAUUUCAAAUUAUUUCUUGUAAUUUGAAAUGUACUUCUUAUUCUAUUUAAUAUGUAUAUGUCAUUUUACCUUUUAGCAGUGUUAUCCAGUAUUUUUUAAAUUGAUUUAUUAGUGCAAGCUAUACUUGAGACAAGGCUUUCUUCUCAAGGCACUGAGAAAGAAGAAACUAGGAUCUGUGUGGCUUUUAGAAUAAGGACUAGGAUUGGAUGAUUGGAAAAGAUCUGAAAGAGAGUUGAUGAUACUGUAUGUACAGUAUGUAUGUGAAAGAUGUUGGCUGUGUAGGCAUGAUUUUCUAUUGGCCAAUAUCUCAAGUGGGUAAAGCAAGCCAGCGAUAGUAUCGUCAUGUUGAGUUUAGAUUCCUCCAGCUACUGAGCCUCGCAGAGCUAAAGUGAAUAAGGGUGAUUGUCUUCAGUGUCAUAGAAAGCUGUAUCUUAAUGAAUCCAAAACAUCAGAUCACAUAUACCUCUUUGUUUAAAGUUUAUAUACACAGUUAACUGAAGGUAAAGGUACUACUGUAAAAUGGUUACAAUACCAUGGUGCUUCACGACGAUAGGAAGCAUCACAGGUCAUGUGGCACAGGCACUACACUUUAGACAAGAUGGGAAUUUAUUUUUUUUAAUGUUUUUUUUUUCAGUGUAAUGUUUUUACUAUUUAAAGAAGUUCUGUGUUAUUUUAGUCAAUUUAAAUGAUUUCAAAGUGGCGAUUAAAGGUGUGGUGACAGUAGACUGCAGAACAAUAUGCCAUAUCCUCCUCUUUUCUGUUUUACAGCUUUUAUAAACAUCAAUUCUACUGGUGUUUUUAAAAUAAUUGUUCAAGCCUUGCUACAUGUAAACUCAGGCCCCCCCAUGCAUGCCUGUGUCUGACUCUGCACAAACACAACAUGAAGCCACAUGGGCGGUGAUGCAUUCUGUCGUUACAACAACAACAAAAUACCUUAAGAUCAAAGUCUGUGGUGAUGCUUCUUUUCUAAUGUCAUCACUGUACAACUGUUAGUGAGCACGGUGGUUGGACUGGAGGGAGGGCAGAUGGCCUGGGGUUUCCACAAUAAAGUAAAGACUCUCUCCUUCCCUUUUUCACCCCUGCAAACUACAUACUGUCAGGUGCAAAUCUUCUAACAAAAUGGUGCGGCUUCACAAUGUUCUUCUACCUUUUUAUAGCGAUUUUGUGCUGUUUUACCAACAUUAUAAAGCACUUUUUUAUAUGUAUACUUUUUUUUUCUUCAGUAUUUUAAAAUGUUUCUUCUUGGUUUUUCUUGUGAAAUGUUGUUUUUAUGAUGUGAACUGUUCUACAGCUGUGUAAUACAGUAUGUUUUCUAUACAGUAGGGCUGUGCCAAUAGAAGUGGAAGAAUGGACUCAUAGAAUUAUGUUAAAUCCAUGUAUCCAUGGAAACGAUUGAUUAUUGAUCCUACUCAAUGUACAGUAGAUUCAUAGAAAAUGAUUGAUGUGCUCCAUUUUCAUAUUGUCUUCUGUUGAAAGCCGUAAUUCAGUAUGCCAUUCUCUGGAUAAAAAAAUACAUUGUAGAAUUUAAAACAGAGUUGAGGAACUAUGUUAUACCGUAUGUUUGUAACGUUACCUUUCCAAAUGAAUUCCAGACCGCAGAUGCAAUGUCCUCUGCACCUUCCUCUUGUAGACCUCAAAUAAUUAGAAAAAGCGAGAGUGAUAGAGACAGAUUUUCAAACUGAUUACAGGGCCUGCUCCAGGCAUAAGCGUUUUUUUUUUUUAGGAACUCAGUCGGGGUCUGAACUUACUAUUGAAAGUAAGAAUAGUACAAUACACCAGGUGCAAUUUAGAAAUUUGGUUGGGCAUCAUUCUGCAGUUUUUGUUUUGUCAGUCACUGACAGUCACUCAAUUGGCCAUGUCAGCUAAUCAUUUUUAGAUUGGUAGUUAGUCUAGCCUGCUAUCUAAACUUGAGUAGUCAUGGCCAAAUACUGACCGGCCAAGCAGGGCACGUGCCUAGGGCCCUGACUUCAAGGGGGCCCCAUUUAUUUGGUUAGUUAUUCUCACUCUAAAUCUUGGCAAAAUGGAUAGAAGUGCAGGAAAUUAGCUAUAAAACUGAAAAAUAAAUUCUCUGCCCCAUGGCAAAAUGAGUAGAAUUGCAUGAAAUGUGUGAUGAAAUUGCAAAAAUAAUUCUCUGUCCAAUGGCAAAAUGUGUAGAAUUGCAGAAAACUUUAUUUAAAACUGCAACAUUUUCUCUACGCCCCAUGGCAAGACGUGUAGAAUUGCUGGGAAUUCAUUUUUAAAUUUGUGGACGAUUUAGAAAUGAGUUUUUCAGAACUCAAAACUGAAGAGUGAACGGUGACCAUAAAAAUACAGUAGCAGAGAUGAUGACUUACCAAUGUUGUAUCUAAAUAUUCAAAAUGACUUCAUUUCAUAAAUGUAGUUUCAUACAUGAUUAAGUUCUUAAGUGACCUUAUCGUAUCCUUUCCACCUUUUUAGUUGAACUUCGGACAUUGGGUUUGCAGGAAUCCUCAUGCGUUGUGUUGACGUUGAUGUUAAUUCCCUUUGCCUAUAGUAAAUGACCAUGCCCCUUGUACAGUUUGUACAUAGAGUUUUCCUGUCACUGUUUUUGAUUUGUUUUUAUCUUUUUGAAUGACCUAUGAGAUGUACAAAUAUAAUUCUUUGCUAAUAUAUAUCAUGGAAUUAGAAAAAAAAAGAUUAGGUGAAAAAGUAAAAAGAAAAUCAAGUAAAAAUAGUUUUUUUUUAAAUAUCAUAAUAAGCUAUGAAGCAUUAGAGGGUAGACUCCAAGUGUUGCCUUCUAGUACUGUUCAUUUGUUUGAUUUGUUUUUUGAUGUUUUGAGUGAGUCCUGAGUGAAUCCAGUUUAAAUGUGUCAAGUGAUCUUUAGCCUAAUAAUGACAGCUUUAAGAUGCAACGGUCUCUACUUCACUGCACAGCCCUACAUAAUGUUGGUUGUUUUUGCCUUUUGUUUUGUUCUUUUUAUAAGAACUAUAAAGAGGGAUUGUAGGUGUUUCUGACGGUGCUAAACAUUUUAUCUAAUCAAGAAAAAAUAUAUUUGUUUUGGAAGAGAAAUAAAACUUGUCUUGACAAUGACUGUUUUUAACUUCCUUGUAGUAUGAUGGAAAAGCACCAUUAUUUCACUCUCAUAGGAUGCAUAUAUUAACAUUUGAACUUUUGACUUGAAAAAAAUAUAAAUAAUAAUGAGUUUCCUAUAUUGUUUUAGACUAGAAAUUGCUGUAGUUGGUUGGUGCUUAUCUGUUGGAAAUACCAUUUACUCCAUAAUGGGAAAUAACAAAAAAAUAAAAGCAUUUCAGUAAUAACGUUUACUGUAGCAUAAUGUAUGUGUAAAACCUGGCAUUCGCUUUGCUUCUUAAUCCUACAUUCCGUGCCAUAAUAUUCUGUCCUCCAUGUCUUGUUUUCAAUGGUCAUUUUUGUUAUUAUUGGCAAAUAUUAAGCUGUGUCCCAAAUGGCACCCUAUUCCCUAUAUAGUGCACUACACUACAUUGGACACUAGUCAAAAGUAGUGCGCUAUAUAGGGAAUAGGGUGCCAUUUAGGAUUCUAACCCAUGACAUUUCACUGUUCCAAUGCAUCAGACAGGUCAGUCUGUGUGACUUUCUUUUUGUGUCAUAUUCAUUGUUUUAUGGCCUAUGUUCUUUGUCUUUAAGAUGAUCAGUGGAUACAGCAGAUGUAGCAGUCAUUCUCCACCCUUUACCCAUUACUUAUGUUUUAGUGCCCAGAAAUAAGAAAACGGCUCCUUAUGUAUUUGUGCUGGAGAACACUUGAAUAAAUGUAUUGUUUUUGUGCAAAAAUA